AAAAAGUUAUCAAAUUCUCAAUCUUUAUCUAUCCCCUACCUUCCUCCUCCUAGGGUUCUCUCUGUUUCAAAUCCCACCUCUAAAAAAAAUCGAACCUUUUUCCCCAAAAACCAUGAACAACUCCACCCAAACCACUUCACAGAUCUUCUCAGCGGUUUCCCUCUCACCGCCUUAGCAGAAAACCCCACCAAAGAUUUCACCUUUUAGGGUUUUUGCUUAUUAGAUUUCAAAUUUUGAUUAGUUUUGGGAAUUUUAGCUACUGGGUUCUGCUCUGUUUUUGUGUUCUUAGAAGAGUGUAGGAGAAUAUGGAGAGGGUUGAGAGUGGGAGUAGUAUUCAGGAGGCUCCCUGUUCUGUUCCUCAGGAUCUCACCCAAUUUGGAGUUAAUUCUUCAGGCGAGGUCUUUGAUGCAUCACAGUAUGCAUUUUUUGGUCAAGAUUCUGUUGAAGAAGUUGAGUUGGGAGGUUUAGAAGAUGAAGAGGAGACUGCAGUUGGGCUUGAAGAGGAGGAAUUUCUAUAUAACAAAGAAGAGGUUGGUGUGUCUCUAUCUGAUGCUGAUGAUCUAGCUUUAACUUUUGAGAAGUUGAACAAGGAUGUUAGUGGACCUAGGAGCACCGGAAUAUUUGGUGAUAGAGGAUCCAGAGAAAGUUCAUCUGCUGCUGAAUGGGUGCAGGAAAGUUUCCCUAACUGGAUUGAUGAAGAAUUAUUUGAUGCUGAAAGCAUGCAAGAUGGAAAAAGAUGGUCCUCCGGACCGUUUUCAUCCAUUCAUCCUACAGAAGCAAAGCAUUUGUACAGAGCGUCUUCAUAUCCUGAGCCCCCACAGCUGCCACAGCAGCAGCAGCAACAUCAACAUCAAUAUUUUUCUAGUGAACCUGUUAUGGUGCCAAAGUCUACUUUUACUUCAUAUCCACCCCCAGGUGGCAGAUCUCAGCAGGGUUCGCCUAACCACCAAUCAAGCCACAUGAAUAUCCCUUAUGCUGGUGGACCUCAGGGUGGAAUAUCUUCACCAAACCUUUCUCCGUACUCUAACUCUCCACUUCAAAUGACUGGGUUACCUCAUGGAUCACAUUUUGGUGGAAAUUUGCCACAUCUGACUCCCGGUCAUCCAGUUAAUAGUCGUCCCCUCCAGCAAUGGGCCAACCAAAGUGGUUCGUAUGGAGAUCAUCCCAGUCAUUUAAAUAAUCUAUUGCAGCAACAGUUGUCUCAUCAGAAUGGUUUGCCUCCACAGUUGAUGCAUCAGCCACAGCAGCCGCAUCCUAGAAUGCACCAUCCAGUUCAGCAACCAUUCAGUCAUAUAUCAGCGAUGCAGUCUCAACUAUUUAACCCCCACCUUCCGCCAUCCCCACCCUUGAUGAACAAAUUUGAGGCAAUGUUCGGUUUGAGUGAUAUUAGAGAUGAAAGGUCAAGAUUAGCUCAGAAAGGUAGACAGAAUAUGCGUUUUUCUCAACAUGGCUUUGAUACAGGUGGCUACAGGAGUGGUGGUGGGUGGGCACCAUUUAGGUCCAAGUAUAUGACAGCUGAUGAAAUUGAGGGUAUACUGCGAAUGCAGCUUGCUGCGACACACAGCAAUGACCCAUAUGUAGAUGAUUAUUACCACCAGUAUUGCCUUGCAAGAAAAUCUGCUGGGGCAAAGAUGACACAUCAUUUCUGUCCAACUCAAUUAAGGGAUCUUCCUCCUCGGGCAAGAGCUAAUACUGAACCACAUGCUUUUCUCCAAGUUGAUGCUCUUGGGAGGGUACCAUUCUCUUCAAUACGCAGGCCUCGGCCUCUUCUUGAAGUGGAGCCACCAAAUUCAUCUAGUCCAAGCAACUCUGAACAGAAGGUUUCUGAGAAGCCUCUAGAACAGGAGCCAAUGCUUGCUGCUAGGGUUACAAUUGAGGAUGGACUUUGUCUGCUCCUGGAUGUGGAUGACAUUGAUCGUUUUUUACAAUUCAAUCAGCUCCAAGAUGGUGGAACCCAGUUGAGGCAUAGGCGUCAAAGCUUGCUAGAAGGGCUCGCAGCAUCUCUUCAAUUGGUUGAUCCACUUGGGAAAAAUGACCACACAGAUGGGCCUGCUCUCAAAGAUGAUUUUGUGUUUCUGAGGUUAGUCUCUCUACCCAAGGGCCGAAAGCUCCUUGCCAAGUAUCUACAGCUCCUUUUUCCAGGUGGUGAGCUCAUGCGAAUAGUCUGUAUGGCCAUCUUCCGCCAUCUAAGGUUCUUGUUUGGUGUCCUUCCUUCUGAUCCAAGGGCUGCAGAAACCACAAACAAUAUCGCUAGGGUCGUUUCAUCAUGUGUUCGAGGUAUGGACCUUGGUGCACUUAGUGCUUGUCUGGCAGCAGUGGUUUGCUCCUCAGAGCAACCCCCGCUUCGUCCCAUUGGAAGUUCUGCCGGAGAUGGGGCUUCUCUCGUUCUUAAUGCUGUUCUUGACAGGGCAACUGAACUCUUAACUGAUCCUAAUGCUGCUAGCAACUACAAUAUGACUAAUCGGGCACUUUGGCAGGCCUCCUUUGAUCAAUUCUUUGGCCUUCUGACUAAGUAUUGUGUAAACAAGUAUGAUACUAUAAUGCAGUCACUGCUGUUGCAUGCCCCCACAAAUAUGGCUGUUAUCGGCUCAGAUGCAGCCAGAGCUAUUAGUCGUGAAAUGCCAGUUGAGCUGCUGCGUGCUAGUCUUCCUCACACCGAUGAUCACCAGAGACAGUUGCUGUUAAAUUUCACGCAGCGGUCCAUGCCUGUUGGAGGAUCUAACAAUCAUGAUGGUGCACACAUUAAUUCAGAGUCUGUUCUAAGUUGAUGUCGAACCCAAGUGAAGAAUAUUUUGGAAGAUAAAAUGCAUUAAUUUUGAGAAGAAAACGGAUUCUAAGCGGGCAUUCAGUUGGAUUGCGAAAUUCUUGGGUUUUUGUCUACUUGUUCUCUAUCUAGAGCAAAUAAAUUGGUGGGGUAUUAAGGGCAUAGAUGUGAUUCAGGUAAGUUUGGUAUUUUAGGUCUACAUGUUCUUACUUUCAUGGUUCUCUUGAAAAACUUGUAAGCAAGCUUCUCUUUGUAAUCCUUUUAAAUCCGAUGGUACAGGUUUCCUUUUUAUAUCUUUUAGAGGGAUACGAGGGUAGAUUAUUUUCCUCGACUUCAGAGCUUAUUUUGAUGCUCUGCUGUGGAUUUCUUAAGAUAGCAAUGUAGAAGGGCGUAUUUUGAUGCUCUGUUGUGGAAUUCAUAAUAUAGAGAUGUAGUAGGCAUGUACAGUAUUCAGUGCAGUUGAUCCCACAUCUGUGUAAACAUGAGGGUGAGCUGGUGCAUGAGAUGUCUAUCUGCCCAGGGUUAAGGAGGACCAAGGCAAAGGUAGGCGUGCUGAUUCAGGUUCAUUUGGGCAAGUCUACAUUGAGAAUGGCACUUUUUGCAUUCCUGUGCUAUUAAUUUCUUCAAGGAUGUUGGAUUAUUGUUUUGGUUAUGUACUUAUGUUACUGUUCAACUACAUAGUGGCAACUGCCACUAAGGGGAUAUCUGAUUAAGUUUCUAGUUGUUUAGACAUAAUGCUAUUUGUUUUGUGGCUAAAGUUCUGUUUAUGUUUAGACAUCCUUGGUUCCAUUACGUUAGGUAGUAGUAUAUACUAUAUACACUGCAUAUGGGUAUAAUUGUUCUGUUUCUUCCAAUUCAUUCGUUUAUUAUCAAUCAUUCGUACUUAUGUUAGAGGUCAGUACACUUUGUUUUCGAGUUGGAGUGAUGUAUUAGAUUGUUUUCUCCCAGUGUUCUGAAUAGCAAUACCAAAGGCAAGUUACAGUACAGUAACGUGGAGUGUAGACUGUAAAGGGUGGUUAUCUCGCGCUAUUAGAUAUGCUGCAUCUUUUUGGUGAAGUGAUUCACAAGGAAAAAAAUAGUUACACCAUCAUCUCCGACUCCACACAAGGCUCGCAGCCUCUCCGUCUUUGAUCAGUUUAUUUCUGACUUCUAAGUUCGGCUACUUCUCUUCUAACCCCAGCAGUAAUAUUAGAGAUCCCGGGGUCAAUAGUGUUGCUCAUUGCCGGACGUUUGCUGAUAGGUCCAAGCUUCUGAAAACAUCAUUGU